AUGGCAAGUGAUGUGGUCCAAGGUCCAUGCCUCUACAUUAUCGGUGCACAAUGCACUGGAAAGACGACGCUUGUGAACGCACUCAAAGACAUGUUCGGUCCAGGUGAAUCAUCCAAUCAUUUACAAGGGAAGUCCUCGAGGCCAGUGGUCAUCCGGGAGGUUGCGCGCACGGUUUUGAGAGACAAGCACUUCAGCCGCGACGACAUUACUAUAUCGCUGUCGCGAGCGUUGCAGCUCCAGAAGCACAUUCUCGAUGCGCAAUAUGAAGCUGGACAGACUGCCAUCGUCCCCGACACUCGGGCAACAUGGUAUGUUUCCGACUGCUCCGGUCUCGAUCCCAUCAUAUAUGCGCAACUGUUCGUGGGCGAGGAGGCGGCGCAAGAGAUGCUGGCAUCGGAGAAGUGGGGAGAGCUCGAGCGGCGUAUGAAGGCGGGCGUCGUGAUACUAUGUGAAGCUGGCUGUACUUGGCUUGUCGAUGAUGGGACGCGCUUGAUGCCAACUGGAACAGAAGAGUGGACGCACAUCGACAACGCGUUCCGAAAGCAGCCUGCCGUUCGUGGCAUUCGUUAUACGCUAGUACCUAAUCACGUGGUCAGUCUCGAAGCACGCGUACAAUUAGUGCGGGAGUGUUUGAGCAGCUCAUGGCAAUCAUAA